AUGUCCAGAAUCUUCUCGUCGGUCCUCCAGGCCGCUUUCAGGCCGAGCGCUUUCCUCCCCAAGACUGCCACUCGUUCCUUCUCCAUCCUCCCCUCCCUCCGCCCCACCUUUUCUUCUCCCAGUACCACGACGAUCGUCUUCCGCGCUCCCCAAGCCAUCACUGCGCCCUCCGCUUCCUCCAGUGUCACCACCGGCCUUGAUGGCGAAGUCCUCGACGUCCUCUCCGCCUCCUCCUUGGUCUCUUCCCACCCGGCCCUUUCGGGACUGGGCUCCCAGAUCCGCUGCGGCCCGCGCCCGACGAUGAGCGGCGCGACAAGGCUGGUGCAGAAGCGCAGACACGGGUUCCUGAGCAGGAUCAAGACCAAGAACGGGCAGAAGACGCUGAAGAGGAGAUUGGCUAAGGGGAGACUGAGGUUGAGUGCUUAA